AUGAGCUCUCGUCUCAAGAGUCUAGGCUUCGGUUCCAAACGAAAGAGCAGUGCCAACAUCCAAACCACCUCCAUCGCGUCACCCAACGGUUCCACCUCCACCGCUGGGACUCCUCCCCCUCCAAACGCCUCCCAGACCAGCCUGCCUCCCAUGAAUCAGCCAGGUGUGCCCGGCCGGCCUCCCAGCUAUACCUACAACAAUGUCCAGGGUCGGCCUCAAUCGCCCAUGCCACCGGGCCAGACCCAAAUGGCGCACCACCCACCCCCAAUCGACACGCGGCAAGGCUAUGUUGGCGGUGCCCCUCAACUAGGACCGCCACAACCUCCGGGAUAUGGUGGUGCAUACGGUCAAAUGGCUCCCCAGCCGGGCAUCCAGCCUAUGCAAAACCAGUUCGGUCCUGCUCGCCCCGCUGAAGUGGAAGGCGCGGCUCGGAGUAAGGCUCAGCUUAUCGUGGGCAUCGAUUUUGGCACGACCUUUUCCGGUGUGGCAUUUGCCUUCGCGACAAAUACAGAAGCCAAGGAGGACAUCAUAACGGAGUGGCCAGGCGCAGGCAACCAGACCAAGCAAAAGAUACCGACUGUCCUAUACUACGAUCAAUAUCAGAAAGUCGUCGGCUGGGGUCCCGAUAUUGCUGACGCCCUGGCUCCCACCGGCUACCCCAAGCCGGGUGUGCAAAAGGUGGAAUGGUUCAAACUACAACUGAUGCUGUCAGGCAAUACAUACAUAGACCCCAUUAACCUUCCCCCUCUGCCUCCUGGGAAAUCCGAAAUCGAUGUUGCCGCCGAUUACCUGUUCAAGUUACGACAAGCUAUGCGAGUGCAGCUGCAGAAAACCCUAGGCGAGGUCUUCAACCGCGAGGAACGUAAUAUCCGAUAUUUCUUGACCGUGCCGGCUAUUUGGAACGACGCAGGUAAGGCGGCUACCCGGGCUGCCGCCAUUCAAGCAGGAUUCAUUCGCGACGAAAACGACAACAGACUCACCCUCAUCACCGAACCCGAAGCCGCAGCCAUGUUCUGUUCCAAGACUGGACUGCUCAACCUCAAGAUCCAUGACGCCGUGCUCAUCGUUGAUUGUGGAGGUGGUACGGUUGACUUGAUCGCCUACGAGGUUGAAGAGGAAACUCCUUUCACAGUCGCCGAAUGCACAGCCGGUAGUGGCGAUUCUUGUGGCUCCACUGCUCUCAACAGGAACUUCUCCAACAUCCUGCGCGCAAAGAUACGGAAGAUGAAGCUACCUGAUGGGUCAAAGACGGCCGGCAGAGUCUACGCCAAAUGUAUCAUGGACUUUGAGAACAGAAUAAAGGCUGACUUCCGCAACAACGGCCAGAAAUGGGCAGUGGAUGUCGGCAUCGAGGCUGAAUUCCCGGAAGCCGGCAUCGAGGAAGGAUACAUGACCUUUACUAAUGAGGAAAUCCUGCAAUGCUUCGAACCGGUUGUCAAUCGUAUUCUCGAGCUCGUCCGCAACCAGAUCAUUGCCAUUCAGGCGCAGAAUCGAUCGUUACAGAAUGUCCUUGUCGUGGGGGGCUUCGGGGCUUCCGAAUAUCUCUUCCAGCAGAUCAAGCUGCAUGUUCCUCCACAAUUUCAAUCCAAAGUCGUGAGACCCAUGGACUCGGUGGCCGCCAUCGUCAAAGGCGCCGUCACUGCAGGUAUCACAGAGAAAGUCAUCACUUCGCGGGUUGCUAGAAGACACUAUCUCAUGGCGACGUUGCAACCGUUCAAAGAAGGCUACCAUCCAGAACAAUACCGCGUCCCUAGUCUUGACGGCAAGGAUCGAUGUAAAUAUACCCGGCAGAUCUUCGUGCAAAAGGGCGAAAGAGUCAAGAUUGGCGAACCGGUCAAAGUCUCGUUCUUCAGACAGGUGGCCCCAGGAGCCACUCUGAUGUACGAGGAUAUUCUCUAUGCUUGUGACGAGGAUGUUUGCCCGGAAUAUACCAAAGAUCCCCGAAUCAAGGAAGUCGUCACACUCACUUCCGAUCUGUCGAGGAAGAACCUGGAGAAGGAUUUCGAACGGAUGGACACUCCACAAGGGACGUUCUACCGUGUUUACUUUGAUAUCUACCUGACUCUUGAUGGGUCAGAAUUCAAUGCUGAAUUAGUCUGCCAAGGAGAAGUAAUGGGUAGAUGCACUGCGAGAUUCAGAUGA